UGUUCACAUUCCGGACUGUGAAGCAUGCGCUGGUUUUACCCUAAAUAUAACAACUGGCAGCACUGGAAAUGGAUACAGAUUAUUCCCAGAGGCAGUUCAUUAGGUUUCAACUAUGAAGAGGUCUGGGGAGAUUGCGAAGUAUAUACAGCAGUAAGAAAAUGGCCAUGAAUACAACUGAAGAUUUUGCCAACGUAACUGUGUUGCAAAACCAUGCUGCUGCUUUCACAAACUGUACCGAUGUAGACGUCCUUCUGAAGAAUUUUUAUCUUCCUUUUAUGUACAGCAUUAUCUUUCUGGUGGGCUUCCCAGGGAAUAUUAUUGCAAUUUCUGUAUACACUUUCAAAAUGAGGCCCUGGAAGAGCAGCACCAUCAUUAUGCUGAAUUUGGCCUUCACAGACCUACUGUAUUUAACAAGCCUUCCUUUCUUGGUACAUUACUAUGCCAGUGGAGAACACUGGAUCUUUGGAGACUUCAUGUGUAAGUUUAUCCGUUUUGGUUUCCACUUCAACUUGUACAGCAGCAUCCUCUUCCUCACUUGCUUCAGCAUCUUUCGCUACUUCGUGAUUGUCCAUCCGAUGAAAUUCUUCUCUGUGCAGAAAAAGAGAUGGGCAGUGGUGGCUUGUGCUGCUGUUUGGGUGAUUUCCUUGGUGGCCGUCAGUCCUGUCAACCUUUUGAUCACCUCGAAACAGGAAGAAAACCAAUCCGUUUGCCUGGACCUUACUAGUUCUGAAAACCUGGACACUAUUAGGUGGUAUAUCUGGCUUCUGUCUGGGUUACUCUUCUACCUGCCAUUAGUAGUUGUGACUCUGUGUUACACGGUCAUUAUUUACACUUUGGCUAGAGGGCCUCAUACUCAUGCUUGUUAUAAACAGAAAGCUCGCAGACUUGCCAUUCUCCUCUUGGUGGUUUUUUAUGUGUGCUUUCUACCCUUUCAUGUCUUGAGGGGAGUUCGGGUAGAAUUAAGACUUCAACCAAUUAGCUGCCAGAUGGAAAAUCAAAUCCAUGCAGCUUACAUUGUCUCUAGACCAUUGGCUGCACUGAACACAUGUGGUAACCUCUUACUUUAUGUUGCAAUGGGAGACAACUUCCAGCAGGCCAUCCUUUCUCUUUCUAGAUGCAAGUUAAGCAACUAUGUGCAGCACACUGGGAGCAACAGUGAUGUCAAUAAGUCUGGAAUUAAUUAAAAUUACAAAGUCAUCCUUUUGCACUUGUCUUUAGUAUUCAGUUUUAUUUGUUUCCGAAUAAAAUUGCAAAUGGCUUCUCUACCCUCCAAAACUGCUGAGUUUUAGGAUGAGGCUAUAUGUAUGUCCUUGUUCCUGGGUGACUUGUAUUAGUUUUAAAUUAAAGUUUUUUAAUUUAAACGAGAACCUGCCACCCUGCCCUCCCCAGGCAAAUGCCCUGUUCCCUAGGCCAUGGUGGAAAAUGCCCCACCACCUUACUUUCAGUUGAGUUAAUACUUCAUUCAAUAUGGAUUUGCCAACAGCAUAUUUUAAACAUGAUGGGUACCUCAUUUUUGACCUCACAACACGAGUACAACUUGCAUUGACUUCAAUGUUAUCAU